AUGUCGCUGAAGCUGAGGGUCAAUAACAUUCUCGCCAUGGGGGGCGAUGUUGCAAUUCCAGUCCUCACCGUUGUCAAUACUGCCUCGGGCGUGUUCCCUCCCCUACAGGCUGCCACCAAUGCCGCACUCUUCAUUCUCACUGAAAUCAAAAAGUUCAAGGGAGAUAAGGAAGAAUGGGAGCGUUUUGGAAAGUGUAUCGCAGACGCCAUGGUCCAUGUGAUAGCAUCCAUCGAUUCGUAUGAUGCGUUUAAUGAUGGGGUUAAGCCGUGGAUGAAAAGCGUCACGGAGCUGAGCGAGGCGUUGCAGCGCAUUCAAAUCGAAAUCGAUGGAUUGACGAUGGAAAGACGGUCUCGUAUCCGCAACUUCUUCUCUCAUAUAAGGAAUCGCAGCAGGAUCGAUGAUUUAAAGAAAGAUUUUAGCGGGGCCUUGGCGUUGUUCGGGCUGCGGACAGAUUUGACAGUUGGCGCAAUAGCAAACAAUCUAGAUCGGUUAACUCGUGGAGUGGAGGACUCUUCAGUGCUGAAUGAGCUUAAAUAUCCCAUUAUCGCCCAUCACGAUUCAGCUCAGGCGUGCCUGAAAGGCACUAGGACCAAUUGGAUUCAGCGUAUUAUGGCCUGGUGCCGUAACACGGACGAUAGUGAGAAUCGUGUAUUUCUGCUGAGCGGCGUGGCCGGUGCCGGCAAGACAUCUAUUGCGCUCUCAAUUGCAGAGAAAUGUGAAAGAGAAAGGAUAUUGUCGUUAGGCUUCUUUUUCAAAGCGGGCGAGCAGUCGUGGCCAGAUCGUCUAUUCAGUGGCAUGGCUCGAUCUCUAGCAACCCACGACCCAGCAUACCGCACCUCCCUCAUAUCGACUCUUCAGGAGAACCCAGCUCUCUCGACUGCCCCGUUUGCAAAGCAAUUCCAGAAACUAGUGGCUGAACCUCUCCUUCUCACAACAUCGCCGUCUGGCCGUCCUAUGGUGAUCGUUAUCGAUGCGUUAGAUGAAUGCGACACGGAAGCUCUCCCAUGUCUUGCCGAUAUACUCCGGAAGGAAGUGCCAAAACUACCGCCCAACAUCAAAUUUUUCGUCACUUCGAGGCAAUUUGAUGUUGUUGACCGUUAUCUAUCACUCAAUUACCCUAUCAUUCGCCUCACCAUCGAUCUUUCGGACGAUGCUAACAUGCAUGAUUGUGCUGUUUACAUCCAAUUGCAACUACGCGAACUGAAGGAUGUGCAUCCUGGUCUGGAAGACCAAAUUGGUGACGAGGGUGAAUUGGUCCAAAGCAUACUGGAGCGGGCAGAUGGCUUGUUCGUUUGGAUCAGCACCGUCUUCCGUUACCUGAAAGUCUCCGGCGGUGAUCCUGCGAGGAUUCUUAAGAAACUUCUCAAUGCUGGUGUCAACCGAUCGAAGGCCUCUGCUGAGGAAAUGAUGGAUAGGCUGUAUGCGAGCAUUUUGGAGAAGUGCGAUUGGAAGAACGACGGUUUCGUGUACGACUACCCGAUUGUGAUGGGAGCAAUUCUAAUCGCACAGAAACCACUAUCUGCUGUGGCUUGGGAUGCCAUUUUGUCACCAUUCCUGAACUCGUCUGUCAGAUAUACUUUGGCUGGACUUGCACCCCUCAUCUCAGGAGUUGGGAAUCCUGGCAAGCCGAUUCGCAUUAUGCAUCAGUCUUUUCGUAGAUUUCUAAUGGGAAUCGAUUCACAAUCACCCACCCUUCAUCGGUUUAGAGUGGAUGCGAAAAGGGAGAACGCCAGAGUGGCCCUACGCUGCAUCGAAAUAUUGAACAAGGAUCUUUCCACUGUGAAGGACUUAGGGCAGAUUGGGGAUUUCUCCCAAAAGGCUAGGAUACCGUCCAUUCCUCGAGGGGUGUUGUCAGGACACGUACAUUACGCAUGUCGGUAUUUGGUGCAUCAUCUCAACCAAGCCCAGGAGCCGCUGGGGGCGCCCAAUGGGUCUGUUCACACGUUUCUCAAUGAGCGAAUAACUCAUUGGGUUGAAGUCUGUGUGAGGACGGGAGGGUACAUUAGCAUAUCAUCGUUCCCUGAAUGGGUCAAGUUGAGCGUCGAUCGGACGUCAAAAGAAGUCAUUCGCAUGCUGGUCAAAGUCCUUGGCAAUGUGAGAGGGAAUUUUGCAUUCUUUUCAAGAUUGCAGGAGGCAUAUGAAUUGGCAAAUGAUUCUGUUGCGCUCUGCCGUUGCCUUGUGUCCGUGGAAUCGGAAUCCUACACUCCAGAUUUGGCUGAAGCACUUCAAAAUCUCCAAGCAUCACUUGACAAACUCGGGUGGCGUUCUGAGGCCCUUGCGGCGAUCGAAGAAAGUGUUGGACUCUGGCGUAAGCUAGUUGCCAUCCAUCCAGCAUCAUUCACCUCUGAGUUGGCUCGAGCGCUUGGGUAUCUUAAUGUGUCACUCGAUAACCUCGGACGACAUCCCGGGGCGCUCACGGUGAUCAAAGAAAGUGUCGAACUCUGGCGCGGGCUAGUUGCCAUUCAUCCAACAUUAUACACCCCGGAUUUGGCUCGAGCACUCGGGUCUCUUAAAGGGUCACUCACCAAACUCGGACGGUACCCUGAGGCCCUUACGGCGAUCAAAGAAAGUGUCGGACUUUGGCGUGAGCUAGUUGCUGUCGACCCAACAUCACACACUCCGGAUUUAGCACGAGCGCUUACGUUCCUUCAAGACUCACUUGGUAAUCUCGGACGGCAUUCCGAGGCGCUCAUGGUGAUCCGAGAAAGUGUCAAACUCUGUCGCGAGCUAUUUCCUGAGGCGCUUACAGCGAUCGAAGAAAGUGUCAAUCUCUGGCGCAAGCUAGUUGCUGUCCACCCCACAUCACACACCCCAGGUUUGGCUCGAGCGCUCGGGUAUCUUCAAGGACCACUCGACAGACUUGGACGGCAUCAAGAGGCGCUUGUGGCGCUUGAAGAAUGUGUCAAACUCUCGCGCGAGCUCGUUGCUGUCCACCCAAUAUUACACACCCCGUAUUUGGCUCGAGCGCUUGGGUAUCUCAAAGUAUCACUUGAAAAACUCGGACGGCAUUCCGAGGCGCUUGUGAUGAUCAAAGAGAGUGUCAAACUCUGGCGCGGGCUUGUUAACGUUCAUCCAACAUCAUACACCAUGGACUUGGCUCGAGCACUCGAGAUUCUUAAAGUAUCACUGGACAAACUCAAACAGCGUUCCGAGGCGCUCACUGUGAUCGAAGAAAGUGUCAAACUCUGGCGUGGGCUAGUUUCCAUGCAUCCAACGUCAUACACCCAGGAUUUGGCUCGAGCACUUCGGAAGCUUCAAGUAUCACUUGAUGGUCUUGGACGCCAUUCCGAGGCACUCCUUGCACAUGAAGAAAGGCUCAGACUCUUGCGCCAGUAG